GGCUGCACAUGCGCAGUGUCUAACUUUCACAGUAAUGGCGACAUGUGCUCAAAACAAUUGUUGAUAAAAAGUUGUGCCUAUUUCCUCCUUUUCCACUAGCUUUUGACCUCUAAUUAAGUAUCGCAAAUAAAAUUGCCAUUUGUCCAGACUAUUCUUACAAUCUACAGAAGCUGACACUUUGAAAAAUGACUGUGAAAAUAAGACAAACGGUUGGACAACGUGGCUGAAGUCCAAGAAAAUUGCGCAAGUGCGACAUAUUCCAGGGAAUUUGCUCUCUGUACUUCAAUUUGUUUGUUUAACCGUUUACUGAAGUUGUGUGUAACGAUGUAUUAACUAUUUAAGCAACUGCCUUUGUUAGAAGGUAUCUGAUGAAGGCAAAAAUAAAGGUUGGUUUGUAUAUUGUACAGCAGUCUGUUUCAUUUUCACUUGGACACAAGUGUUGAUUCUGUUUGAAAGUAAACAUUCAUAUAGUGUAGCAAUAUGUCUACAGCUAUGACAUCGGUAUCACAGGACGAAACUGAAAAGUUUCAGUCCAAAGGUUCUGAUUCAAAUGUAAGUGAACAACCACCGAUUGAAAAUGUGUGGGCAAAAAGAACGCUUGAGAAACAAUUAUCGGCAAAUUCAAUUCAACAAAAGACAGGAAAUGAAGAAUCAGGUGAAGUUAAAGCAUCUCAAGAAAAGACUGAAGAUGAUGAGUUUCAGGAAGUAAGGAAUAGAAAAGACAAAAAAGAUGAACGUAAAGAUGACAAAAGUACUAGAAAAAAUGAGAAAAAAGACUUUGAUAAGAAAGAGACAGAAAAGAAAGAGAAGAAAACUGAAAAAGAAGAGAAAAAAGAAGAAAUAGUUAAGAAGUUUGAUAAUGUGAACUAUGUUGAAGCGCCAUUGCCAAAGACAAACCCAUGGGGUGUAGCUAAGUCUUCUCCAGUUGUCCCAAGUCAGAGCCAGAGCUCUGAAGCAGCUGUGCCAGUGCAGAAGGUUGCCAAGGUGGCAGAAACAACAACAAGCACUCCAGUGGAGACUAAAGACACUAUCACAAAUGCUGUCAGCAAACAAACCAAGGAUACUGCAGCAUUGAGUGACGAGAACUGGCCAGCUCUCUGUGAAGUUACAGAAGUCACAUCUCCAUCAGUCAACAACAAAAAACCUCAAAUGAAACCAGAACCCAGUCCAGCAAUUACCACAAACAAUAACCAGUCCAAUAGUGACUCUGGGGGAGAUGACUCCUCCAAAGAAAAUAAAGAGAAUGCCUCCUCAAAUGAUGAAGGACAGAGAACACCAAAAAGAAAAGGCUUGAAACAAAAAUGGGUUCCUAUGAAUAUAGACCACAAAUCUGGAAGAAACCGAAGGAGUCGGAGUGCUGGACGUGCUCCACGUCCUAAUUCUGCCAUGGUGGAUAAAAAUAUUGACAGAAAUAGACCAGAGAGAAAUAGAGACAGAUUUGGUUCUGAAUCUGAUAACUGGAGAAAAGAUAUGCGACUACCGAGUCCCAGAGGUCAUGUUAGACGUGGAGGAAGAGGAGGUGGUGUGAUGAGGGGCAGAGGGCGUGGUGGGGGUCGAGGAAGAGGCAACAGAAUGGAUGCUGAAAGUUUAACAGGUCCAAACAUGCACUAUGCAGCCCCAGACUUCAGCGAUCCAUCGUUGCUUGGUGGUCCAAUGUUGGGAGGUAUUGGAGGAGCAGUCUUCUUCAAUGUACCCUACCUGGAUGAUGCCACAGUCAAAGAUUAUGUGAAAAAACAAAUUGAGUAUUACUUCAGCACAGAGAAUCUUCAGCGAGACUUUUUCCUUCGACGUAAGAUGCAAAAAGGUGGCUGGAUUCCAAUAAGUCUUGUAGCAAGUUUCCACAGAGUACAGGCUCUUACACAGAAUGUUGCUUUGAUUAUUAAAGCAUGUGCUGAAAGUGAGAACUUGGAGCUAUCAGAAGAUAGAACACGGGUACGAGGGAAGAAUGAUCCAGAUAAAUGGCCUUUAGAAGAUGCUGUACCAGUGAAUCCAGCAUCGCCUGGUGCUUCGUCAACCUUGCAUGCUGAUGUACCAGAGUUUGUUCCGGGAAAAUUACAUGCAGAUGUUCCAGAAUUUGUUCCUGGAAAGAUGUAUACAUUACAACCCCAUCAUGAUAAUGAGCAGCAUGAUGAGGGUAAGACUGGAGACAGCCUCGAAGAUUUCUAUGCUCCGGUCCUCUCUUCAAGUGCACCUGAACUGCAGGGUGAGUGGACAGAGGUUAAAAAGCGAGCCAAAGAAAAGAAAGAGAAAAAGAAGAAAAAGGAGAACAAAAGUCAGACAGGAGAUGAGCAGGAAGAACUAGACUUUAUGUUUGAUGAGGAAAUAGAGCAGCUGGAGGGUGUAGGACGUAGAAAUAACUUCACUGAAUGGUCUGACGAUGAAGAAGACGAUUACGAGAUUCCAGACAGCGAGAUCAACAAGAUAUUAAUAGUAACACAGACACCGCCUGCGAUGCGUAAACAUCCUGGUGGAGACAGGACGGGAGAUCACACACCAAGAUCUAAAAUCACCGCGGAGAUGACAAAGCUUAUAAAUGAUGGACUGUAUUACUAUGAGCAAGAUCUGUGGGAUGAUAGUGAUUUGAUGGUGGGUAUCCAGUCUACCAUUGCAGGAAAGAUUUCGCAGCAAGAUUUCGAGACAUUUAAGACUGUGAAUGUGAUAUCAAAAGAGACAUUUGAGCAGAUAGUACCGCAGGACAAGGUGGAGAACCAGGAAGUGCCCCCUCCUCCACCUACUGUUGUUACACCAUCUGAAACUGUGAAAGUUCCAAGUCCGAGAACCACACAAGCAGAAGAUGUGGUUGCAAAAUCACUGCCAACAUACGUACCUAACACUCCAGGUAGGAGGGAUCACGGCCCUCGUACACCUCGACAGCGCAAUGACUCAGAAAAAGUCCGAUUUUAUCCAGUCACUAAAGACUCAACAAAACCGCCUGACCCACAGACACCAAGAAAGCGCAAAACAAAACACAGUAACAACCCUCCGGUAGAGGGUCAUGUAGGCUGGGUGAUGGACUAUAAAGAACAUCGUCCUCCACGAUCCAGGAAUAACUCUUCGUCUUACAGUGAAUGUGAAAUGGCUUCAAGCUAUGGAUCAUAUGGCAGUUAUAGCAGCACUCCACAUGCAUUCCCGAACUUCCAGCACCCGUCACACGAGCUUCUCAGUGAGAACGGUUUUGUGUGGCAUGUCUAUCACAAAUACCAUGCUAAAUGCAUGAAAGAACGGAAAAAGGUUGGAGUUGGUUUAUCUCAAGAGAUGAACACAUUGUUCAGAUUUUGGUCAUUCUUUCUGCGACAGCAUUUUAACAAGAAGAUGUACACUGAAUUUAAAACAUUAGCAGUAGAAGACUCUACAGAAGGACACAGAUAUGGUGUUGAGUGUCUAUUUCGGUUUUUUAGCUAUGGAUUAGAGAAGAGAUUUCGACAAGAUUUAUUUAAAGAUUUCCAGGAAGAAGUUAUACGAGACUAUGAGUUUGGCCAGCUAUAUGGUUUAGAGAAAUUCUGGGCAUUUUUGAAGUACUCCAGAAAGCAUGUUGAUGUGGAUCCUAAACUUAAACAGUGGCUUAGUAAAUACAAAAGGCUGGAAGACUUCCGAGUAGAUUCUGUAGAAGAGGAUACACAUAUAGUACACCACUCCAGUCUUUCAUCAACUGGCCAUAAAGUGCGUCAUAGCUCAGGGCAGAGUUCUGGCCAAUCAAAACCCUCCCAUUCUAAGUCUAACCAAUCACAUGCCAGAAGUGGAAGCCAACCGCAGCAGGCCUCUCAUGGCAAAAACAAUUCUAGCCAAUCACAGCAAGGUUCACACAGUAAAAGUUCAGAUAACUCUAAAACUAGCCAUUCAACUGCUGGAAAUAAAAGUGGUGAUAAUAAAUCUGGCCAAUCAGGAAGGAGGAGGACAUAUUCAAACCAGUCACACCCUAAAGGAGCUUCAAGCACUUCACACCAGACAAAAGGAGCUAGCCAGUCUGAAAACAAGACACAAGAACCUGCACAGAGUGGUACCCAGUCAGAAAAAGCAGACAAAAAACCUGAUGGACAGGCAAAAAAAGUUGAUUCUUCGAAAAAAAGUAGUGCAGAGAAAGACAAAAAGUAAUUUAGCUGAAGAGAAAAUCAGAAAAAAUGAAUGUAAAACCCCAAGAAGUGGAAAAAAAGACAUAUUAAUGAAAUAUGGUGAUGAAUAUAUAAAUUUUAAUGGCAAACUUGUCGAGGGUUUAAAAUGAAAGAAAUUCUGUGAUAGGACAAGCCAUAACAGACAUUGAAAAAAUAAACAGAAGAGACGAACUGAAUGGAAGCAUUAACCUCCUGUUGUUCUUGUUUGUUGUUUACUAACACUUAUUUUCUUAUCUUGAUGAAAUAACUGAUAAAACUAAUUAUGUUUUUGGCAUUUUGUCACGUUUCAGAUAUAAAAUUGUAAGGAUCUUUUGAGAUAGUAAGUUUUUAGGGGCAAUGAAUGAAGAACAGAAGACUUUAAGAUUUGUAUUACUGCAUAUCUUAUAAUAAGUUAAAUUGUUGAUUUCCCAUUAAGCCACUGAAGUUUUAUAUUAAUGACAUUAAAUCAUCACUGGAAUUCAGUGUAUGGUUUGCCCAAAACAUGACAAUUUAGAACUGUAAUAAGCUACUUUCUACGAAGGUUAGUAUUUAAGGACUAAUACUAUAAUAGGAAAUUAAAAAAAAAAAUCAGUGUAUGCGAUGUGUAACUGCAUAUUUCCAUCAAUAUACAAAGGCAUUAUUUUCCAGUGUUUCUAUCCCAGACACUGAAGUUUAUAUGCUCUAUGUAUACUGGGAAAACGUUAUUGGAAGUAUUAUAAUGAAUUUUUACCCUUUGUUGCUGUAUUUGCCUUAGUUUUUACAGCAAUUUAAACCAUUCUCCUUGUCAAAUCUGUCGAAUCAAAACCCUUUCUGUGUUGUGGGAUAAAACAUAUUUUGUAAUCAGACACGGUUAUAAUGCAUGGGAUUUUCAUGGAGUUCUAGGAAUAUAACAUUUAUAUUUCACUUGCACUUGCUUAUUUAGUUCAUAGUGAACCAUAUAUUGACUGCUAUAGAUAUUUGUAGCAUUAUAGUGUUACAGACUGUCAGAUAGGUGUUCCUAUCUAUUGCCUACUGUCGUCUAUCGUCUCUGUCAAAAUUGUAAAGAUUACUGGCUUGUUACUGUGUGGAAAACAACAAGAACACACAAUUAUAAGAACACAUGUUAUCAAUCUGUGCAUUUUACAUGAGAAUGCAAGCAAUGUAACAUUUGCAAGCCAGUUAGCUCUGAUUUCUUAGGGUGCUACAAGUUUAGCUUAUAGUUAGUCAUUUCAUUUCUACAGAUGUAAUUACAGAAUAUAAGUUCACUUCUGAGUACAGAGUAUGUUGUAAGUUGCUUAAAAAGGCAACGGAACUGAAAAAAAAAUUCUCAAAUCUCAUCUUCCGGUAUAAAUCUGAUAAGUGAAUAAAUUUCUGGUAGGCAUCUCAGUAAAUUAAGUUGAUGCUUGUUUCAGGCUCAUGUCUUGAUCUAUUUGUGUAAUUGUACAUAAACGAGUAAGACUUGAAGUGAACAGGAGAUAUCAGGACUGUUUUUAGGAGUGGUUUAAUCAGAUCUCAAAACCAGCAUUUCUCUCUGUAUGAUAUACCGCUGUUUUUUUCGACUUGCCUGGUGAUGAAAUUAUUUAAAUGUUAUUUUUUGUAAGUUUGCAUUUUGUGCUCAAUAUCUUGUUUAUUUGUGAUCUUAUGUAGAGUCUGUAAUAGACAAUUACAUGGCCUCUUAUUCCAUAGUUAAUUUUGCCAGACAAUACCAACUUUUACUAGCUUCAUUUAGUUGUUAAUUGAAGUCUGUACAGCUCAUAGAAAACAUGUUACUGGCUGUUGCUAUGCUUACUAGUUAUAACAUAGCGAAAAGUCAUAGAUUAUAAGUAGCUUGAUUAUUUAAGCAGGAAAGAGUGUGCUUCAUAUGAAAGUGUAAUUGAAGCAAUUUUGGAGAUAAAUGUGCUAUUUUUGCAUCAUUGAGGGCCUUUAAGCAUUCUAUACACAAGGCUUAACAUCUUGGGAAAACCUGUUCUGAACAGCAUGUUACUGCUGACACAUUGUUUUGGAUUAUCUAAAAUUUGAGAUUUUAAGAAAAAUUGAAUGCAUGAUGGUAGUGAAUCCGACUGCUUUAUUUCAAAGUAUAAACAGGUCGCAUACAUGUAGUCAGAUCAUUUUAUUUCUUCCCUUUUUUUGUAGGACUAACAGCUUCAAACUUUUUCUUAUCAUUUUUGAAAUCAAAAACAUUUAUGGCUUAUUAGUGAGAUUAAUACGAGGAUUUGUCAGCGAUACUGACUAUGGGUAACACAGUGUGUGCAUGUGGCUGUGUUUAAGCCAAUGGAAAUGACUACUUACAUGGAUUUUAAUAACACAAGCUUAUUUAUAAUUAGGGUUUAACAUAUGACCUGCAUAUUGCAAAGAUAGAGUGUAAUUACCUGUGUGUUCACUAUUUAGAGUUAGUGGGGCUGUCUUGAUAAUUUCUAAUUGUGACACAUACAGAAGGUUGUAAACAUAUUCAAACUGAGAAGAGAAUUCAUCAAGCGCACUGUAUUUAUGUUUCUUUUUGAGCGACUAAUUGCUGCUGGUAGUGUUUGUUGUAUAGGCAUGCAUGUUACAGUUUUGUUUCAGUUAUUUUGAGGAAAUCCUUGAGAAAGGGGUGGACAAACUGUAAAUAAACUGUCAUAAAUGCAAUAAAAAUGAAAAAAAAUACAAAACCAAAAAAAAAAGGAGAAAAUUAAAAAUUUAAAAAAGAGAAGUGUGUUACCAUAAUACAUGUAUAUGGUAUCAUAGUGUUUUGUAUAUUAGUUGUUAAAUAUUUAAUUUUUUACUUUUCCUUUAAGUGUCGCUAUUAAAGUGCAUUUUCUAUAGCAUUUUAUUUCCAUUAAAUUUUGUCUUUUAUUGUUUAAUCAGCAGAAUUCUUUUAUAAAGUGAAAGAAACCAGAGCUUGUUAUAGUUGGCUAAAUUUGUUAGCAGAGACAGGUUUAGUUCAGUUGGUAAAACGAGCAACUUUAAAUGAUUCUUGUUUUAAGGCAUAUUCUUCCUCUACAGGCAUUUAGGUGGUAUGUGCUCUAUUGUAUAUUUUGUACAAAUCUCUUUUUGUUUUUGUGAUCAGUCAGAUUUAUGUACAGUACAGACAAUUUUGCUAAUUAUAUAAAAUAGUGGGCUUCACCUAACAGACUGUGUUACAAAGAAGUGCAGAAUGACUGCAAAUUCAGAUUACAUUAUCCAUCAGGCACACAUAAAUUCAUUCCUUCCUUCAUAAGAUAGUUCAAUGAAAUCUAUAAAAUGAUCCUUCACAAGGGUAGAAUGCAACCUAGCAAGUCAACUCCAGUUGCUCCAUUCUGUUUGUUAGAAGUAAUGAAAUGUGGAACACCACUUGCACCCUCAAGGACAGUCUUUAGUGGAAUGUUAUCAUACAUAAACAUGAUCCAAAAGGACCAGAAAAAUUAAAAAUAGUUUAAAGUGCAGUGCAGAUUUUUGCACUUAGAGACUGCAGUGGUGAAGGUUAGUAAGGUCUAUACGAAAUCCUUUUAAGUCAAGUAAGCUUUCAGAUAUUGUACAGGAUUUGCUUGAGGACGAAAAAAGUUGCCUUCGUGAUUUUUGAUGAUGUUCCUAUAACCUUUGUAUCACCUUUUCUUUACAACAAACCUAUUUUACAGAGCAAACCUAUUUUACCUCUGUACUAUUUUUUACUUCAGGUUUUAGAUUUGAUGUGUGGAGGAUACGAAAAUAGAUUAAAUGUUUGUAUCUUACUAAAAAAAGGCUGAAAAGAAACUGCUGUGACUUACCUUUUACUUUUUUACCCUUCGCUCUUGUAUUUUUCUUAUGUAAAACUUUCAACAGCUUUACCAGAUUGUAUAGUGAUCUUUGGUAGAUUCAUAUAUAAGCUAAUAAAUGCUAAGUAUCAAGUCUUCUUGUUACUGCUUAGUUAUUAAAUCUGAGAAUAAUGCAUGAAAAUAUAAAAAUGCAACUCUGGUCUGCAAAUAUUCCAUGUUGACUAUUACAAGUUUUGCUGUUGUUAAUGUUACAAGUAGAUUGGCAUGUAUUGUAUUGUAUACAGCUCCACUGUCACUAGAUUCUGUGUAAUAUGUUAAGCACCAUUGUACUUCGGACUGUACAUUCUUGUUAUUUGAAAAUUGGAAAUUGUUACAAAAACAUAGUAUUGUGAUACAAAUUUAGCUCAAGUUCUGCUAUUUGUGAUUAGCAUCUAAAUGCGGGGAAAAAAGUGGAAGUAAAUGUCUACGUCCAACCAAGAAUUUGUUAUUUAGAUAAUUGUAUACCUAAAUUGGUAUUUAUACUGGCAUAAUGUUAUGUAUUACACCCUUACUACAUGACAACCUAGUGUAUCUCACAAGAUCUCUUAUACAGUUAGUAAAAGUGUAGAACUUGAUGUUUUCGCCUGUAGGCUAUACUCUAUAGAGAAUUGUAAUCAGUUUUAGUAUUUCUGUAUACCCAGAUAGUAUUAACCCUUAUCAUGCUGGACACGAUUGAUUCUGCCUUUGCGACCAGUGUAGAUCCUGAUUAGCCUGCACAUCUGUGCAGUCUGAUCAAGAUCUGCACUGUUUGCCAUUCAGUCAGUAUCUUUUCGGCAAGCAUCCCUUUUAACAAUUAAUGUUACUGUCCAAAUUGAAAGAUGGACAAGUUCAUUAUAGAAAUUUAGAAGGGUAAGGGUUAACACUGUUCAGCAUAGAUGAAUGACAGACUUACAUAUACAGGUAUAAUAUGCAUGAUAUUGUUGAGUUUUGUUGUUAAAGAUUUUGUUAUAAUUUGUAAAUAGUGCCGUGAUCUGGUUAAAAACCACUUGUUAAGAAUUAGUAUCAGAUAUAUUACUUACAGAAUUUAGUCUCUAAUUCCUCUCCAGUCAUCUCUCAUGUCUGUUCUUUUUUGCAACUAAUGGGUAAAUGUGAAUAGAUGAAGAUAAUGAGUAUAACAAGUGAAUUUUCUGAGCAGUUUUCUGUUGGUUAUUGAAUACACUCUAGUAUAGGUUUGUUUUAGACGUAUACUGUAAGUCCAUUUUGAUAACUUAAAGGAAAUGUCGAAGAUUAUUGAAACUUUGUUUUAAUCCGUAUUUUAUAAGUGAAACACAGCAGCUUAUUGUCAGACCGGUUUGUGAGUUGUCUGUUCUUGAAAUCCACAAAAGCAGUUUUCACAAGGCUUUUUUUGCAAUAGUGAUUUUGGGACUUCAUGUAACAAACUCGUACAUAGUAAAUUGUUUAAUGAAUUUCAGUGUAUUUUUUUAAACUUUCAAAAUAGACAUUUACAAUAUGAAUAAUAUAGCAUAACUUUUUUCAAACUUUUGCCGCUUGUUUAACACUUGCUUACAACAAAACGACGUGUGAAUUAUCUCAGUUUUACUUGUCCUCACAGAGUAUUUCUGUUUAUCCUGUAUUGUUAAAACUCGGUGUCUUCAUUAUGCAAUCAUUUGGUACGAGGGGUGUAACCUUGUAUAUAUUUACAUCAUAACAUGAUCAUUUCUCAUCACUGCAUUUUUUUUUCACAAGAUUUUUGCUUUUUAAUUACAGAUCAUAUCAUUUUGUAUAUUUGCAUAAUUUCUGUAAUAAUGUUUUAAUUGACAACUCUGAUAUACUGUAUCACUUGGUUCAAACUUGUCCGUGCAAUUAUCUUGUACCGUGUAUCGUGCUUAACUGGCUUUGCUUAUAGCAGUCAUAUUUAUGCAGUCUUUCGUGCUGUUAAUAAGAGAAAUUGCAGAUUUUAUUUAUUAAAGAGAUAAACCUAAUUUAAGCACUUGAUGAUAAACAGUGUUGUUUUUUGUGUUUAGUAGUUUUCUAUAAGGUGCUUGUGUGAUGAGAAUAUGUGUCUGAACAGAAUUAUUGUAUCUUUCUUUGUUAUCAUUUGAUUUCCAAUGUGUUCUUUCUCAGUUUGCUUUGCAAUUUUGAUAUAUAAUGUGUCAGUUUUACCAUGUUGGGCUUUUAUUAAUCUGUUAAUCCCUCUUUGGUAAUUAUUUUAUUGUAAUUGUUUUAUUGUUCCUGCAAGAGCUCAGAUUUACAUACAAAUUUGUCUCAAGUAAUCAAGAAAUUUGAUGUUAAUAGUAUGUACUUCACCAGUUGCUGGUCUUUUAUGCAUUUUUUAGUGGAAGUCCUAAUAUUCCUCCUUGCCUAAGCAAAGACAAGUGUAUAUAAUUAUAAUGCUUAGUUUGCAGACCAGUCACAAACCUCAGCAUCUGAUUGGUUAUAUAAACCUCAGCAUCUGAUUGGUUAUUUUGAAUUACAAUUUUCAAAUUGACCAAUGGCAAUUUUGAAUUCUGAGACUGGUAUGUAAACUCAGUUGUAGAAUUCUUGAGCCAGAAAUAUUUGUCUUUAAAAUAUUAUAUAGAAUAAAGUUACCAUAUUUGUAUGUAAAUGAGAACUACUUUAUUUCUAAAUGAUUUCCAUGUGGUAAUGGAAGGUUCCGCCUUGUAAUUAAAUGUCAGAGGUAUAAAAUGAUAGAUAAUUGAAUACAGUGUAAAGAUAAUGCAUAUUUGUUUCCCCUAAUUGAUUUUUGCUUCAUGUGUAGGAUUAGGUCAUUAAAUUCUCAAAAAAUCA